AUUUCACAUCCAACUGCCAUCUCAGAGCUGACCAGAGCAGCACAGACCCCUCCAGCCUCCUAGGACAUUUGAUGCGGGGCAUCGAGUCCUGGCUGGGAAGUUGGCACCUGGGUGCCAGCCCCAGCAGUCUCUGAAGAGCACGGGUAAAUUACUGAAGUGUGUGGGCCUCCAUGCCUUCAAUGCCUUUCUGUAAAAUGCUUUCCAAGCUCCCAAACAAUUCCAAAUAUAUCCAUGUCAUCCAAUCAACCCACAGAGUAGCUGUUACUCUGCGGGUGAGUGAGCUGGCUGGGAGGGGCUGCAUGCUGUGUGCUCAGGUCACACUGGAAGGCAUCAGCUGGGUCCCCGCGCUUGCUCUUGGACCUCUGCAGGCCUCCUGGGAAGGUGACUCAGAUCCAACUUCUAGGACUGGAUCGGCAUAGCUCCCACACUUCCUUGGGGUUCCUGGGUGUGGGAGCGUGGACUUCCCAGGCAGCUUUCCACUUAGUUAACUUGCCCAACCUGCUCUGUUGACUCUGGGAAGAGCCCUGAACUUCCCUGCUCCAGUGAACUGUGGGAGAUGCCAAAACAGCACCCAGCUGCCCAUCAAGAUUACCAGAAGGGCCCCAGUUCCUGGCUUCUCUGUGGCUCACACUCUGGUCCUAUUGCCUACCCUUGGGAACUCAGAGCAUCCUCUUUCUCUUUUCUGCUGAGCUGGUGGCUGCACCGAGUUGCCUCUGUCUCUUUAAGAGAGAAAGAGAGAGCGAGAGACGGAAAUCAGGAAGUGCGAGAGAGCUGAGAGCCAGGACUCAGUGCUGAGCUUGGUGUCCCACCGCCACAAGGAGGCAGGGAAGAAACCCACUAGUCCCAGCUCCUGGGGUGGCACAGACAUUGCAACUGGCCCUGCCUGUGGGUCCUAGGGGCCCUUGGCUACCAGGAGGCUAAGAACACUGCUCAUGAAUGACAGUGAGCCCUGAAAGCUCUGGGGGUGUCACCCAGUCCCACAAGCCUGCAUCCCCUGCAGUGGAGAUGGGCUCAGCUCCUGGACGUGCCACAGACAGAAAGCAUAACAUACGCUCGCCAGGAAGAGCCUUUGCCUGACUCAGGGCAGCUCAGAGCGUGGGAAGGUGACCAGCCAGCUCAGGGCAGGAGAUGCAGAGCACAGCCAAUUACCUGUGGCACACAGAUGACCUGCUGGGGCAGGGGGCCACUGCCAGUGUGUACAAGGCCCGCAACAAGAAAUCCGGAGAGCUGGUUGCUGUGAAGGUCUUCAACACUACCAGCUACCUGCGGCCCCGCGAGGUGCAGGUGAGGGAGUUUGAGGUCCUGCGGAAGCUGAACCACCAGAACAUCGUCAAGCUCUUUGCGGUGGAGGAGACGGGCGGAAGCCGGCAGAAGGUACUGGUGAUGGAGUACUGCUCCAGUGGGAGCCUGCUGAGUGUGCUGGAGAGCCCUGAGAAUGCCUUUGGGCUGCCUGAGGAUGAGUUCCUGGUGGUGCUGCGCUGUGUGGUGGCCGGCAUGAACCACCUGCGGGAGAACGGCAUUGUGCAUCGCGACAUCAAGCCCGGGAACAUCAUGCGCCUCGUAGGGGAGGAGGGGCAGAGCAUCUACAAGCUGACAGACUUCGGGGCUGCCCGGGAGCUGGAUGAUGAUGAGAAGUUCGUCUCGGUCUAUGGGACUGAGGAGUACCUGCAUCCCGACAUGUAUGAGCGGGCGGUGCUUCGAAAGCCCCAGCAAAAAGCGUUCGGGGUGACUGUGGAUCUCUGGAGCAUUGGAGUGACCUUGUACCAUGCAGCCACCGGCAGCCUGCCCUUCAUCCCCUUUGGUGGGCCACGGCGGAACAAGGAGAUCAUGUACCGGAUCACCACGGAGAAGCCGGCUGGGGCCAUUGCAGGUGCCCAGAGGCGGGAGAAUGGGCCCCUGGAGUGGAGCUACACCCUCCCCAUCACCUGCCAGCUGUCACUGGGGCUGCAGAGCCAGCUGGUGCCCAUCCUGGCCAACAUCCUGGAGGUGGAGCAGGCCAAGUGCUGGGGCUUCGACCAGUUCUUUGCGGAGACCAGUGACAUCCUGCAGCGAGUUGUCGUCCAUGUCUUCUCCCUGUCCCAGGCAGUCCUGCACCACAUCUAUAUCCAUGCCCACAACACGAUAGCCAUUUUCCAGGAGGCCGUGCACAAGCAGACCAGUGUGGCCCCCCGGCACCAGGAGUACCUCUUUGAGGGUCACCUCUGUGUCCUCGAGCCCAGCGUCUCAGCACAGCACAUCGCCCACACGACGGCAAGCAGCCCCCUGACCCUCUUCAGCACAGCCAUCCCUAAGGGGCUGGCCUUCAGGGACCCUGCUCUGGACGUCCCCAAGUUCGUCCCCAAAGUGGACCUGCAGGCGGAUUACAACACUGCCAAGGGCGUGUUGGGCGCCGGCUACCAGGCCCUGCGGCUGGCACGGGCCCUGCUGGAUGGGCAGGAGCUAAUGUUUCGGGGGCUGCACUGGGUCAUGGAGGUGCUCCAGGCCACAUGCAGACGGACUCUGGAAGUGGCAAGGACAUCCCUCCUCUACCUCAGCAGCAGCCUGGGAACUGAAAGGUUCAGCAGCGUGGCUGGAACGCCUGAGAUUCAGGAACUGAAGGCGGCCGCAGAACUGAGGUCCAGGCUGCGGACUCUAGCUGAGGUCCUCUCCAGAUGCUCCCAAAAUAUCACGGAGACCCAGGAGAGCCUGAGCAGCCUGAACCGGGAGCUGGUGAAGAGCCGGGAUCAGGUACAUGAGGACAGAAGCAUCCAGCAGAUUCAGUGCUGUUUGGACAAGAUGAACUUCAUCUACAAACAGUUCAAGAAGUCUAGGAUGAGGCCAGGGCUUGGCUACAACGAGGAGCAGAUUCACAAGCUGGAUAAGGUGAAUUUCAGUCAUUUAGCCAAAAGACUCCUGCAGGUGUUCCAGGAGGAGUGCGUGCAGAAGUAUCAAGCGUCCUUAGUCACACACGGCAAGAGGAUGAGGCUAAAUAGAGUCCCAGCACCUCCUGAUGUCUGAGCUCCAUGGGGCGCAUGAGGCAUCCUGAAGCAUUAGAAUGAUUCCAACACUGCUCUUCUGCACCGUGAGACCAACCCAGGGCAAGAUCCCAUCCCAUCACAUCAGCCUACCUCCCUCCUGGCUGCUGGCCAGGAUGUCGCCAGCAUUACCUUCCACUGCCUUUCUCCCUGGGAAGCAGCACAGCUGAGACUGGGCACCAGGCCACCUCUGUUGGGACCCACAGGAAAGAGUGUGGCAGCAACUGCCUGGCUGACCUUUCUAUCUUCUCUAGGCUCAGGUACUGCUCCUCCAUGCCCAUGGCUGGGCCGUGGGGAGAAGAAGCUCUCAUACGCCCUCCCACUCCCUCUGGUUUAUAGGACUUCACUCCCUAGCCAACAGGAGCGGAGGCCUCCUGGGGUUUCCCCAGGGCAGUAGGUCAAACGACCUCAUCACAGUCUUCCUUCCUCUUCAAGCGUUUCAUGUUGAACACAGCUCUCUCCGCUCCCUUGUGAUUUCUGAGGGUCACCACUGCCAGCCUCCGGCAACAUAGAGAGCCUCCUGUUCUUUCUAUGCUUGGUCUGACUGAGCCUAAAGUUGAGAAAAUGGGUGGCCAAGGCCAGUGCCAGUGUCUUGGGGCCCCUUUGGCUCUCCCUCACUCUCUGAGGCUGCAGCUGGUCCUGGGACAUGCAGCCAGGACUGUGAGUCUGGGCAGGUCCAAGGCCUGCACCUUCAAGAAGUGGAAUAAAUGUGGCCUUCGCUUCUGUU